UGGGCUGACUGCAAUGGGAAGAGCCUCCUGCAUGCUCCAGGUUCCCUUCCAAGCAACAUCACUGGUCUGGACCUCUCCUUCAACUCCUUGGUCAUGCCCCGUCACGGGACUCUCCUGAUGCAUUUCCCUUCCCUGCGCUACCUCAACCUCUCUAGCAAUGCCCUGCUGGCACUGAGCCCAGCAGUGUUCUCCAACCUCGGGGCACUGCGUCUGCUGGACCUGAGCAGCUGCAGCAUCGCCUACCUACACAGGGACUCUUUCAAGGGCUUGGGAAACCUACACACGCUGCUUCUAAGAAACAACAGUCUGCAAGAGCUUGAGGUCCCUUUCCUCUUGCCACUGAAGGCUCUUUUCCACCUGGACCUGCAGCAUAACAUGCUGGUCUCUGUGGACACCUUGAGCCUGCAGCUGAUGGAGGAAGUCCCACAGGUCUGGCUGGAAGGGAACUCCUGGGUCUGCAACUGCACCGCACACCCUCUGCAGCAGUGGCUACAGCGCAGGCAAGCUGUGCAGGUGACCUGCGCAUCACCCCCGGGGCUGCGGGGCCAGCAGGUCGCAGGUCUGGCUCCCCAGGACCUGGGCUGCCAGGUGAAGCAGCGGUUUCCUCGCGGGGACAGCACGGCGCAGCAGAUCACAGUGACCCACAGCAACACCACCACACCGCCAGCCGGGAAGGGAGGAAGGAGCUGGCCAUACCUGGUGGGCUUCCUGGUGGGAGCAAUUGGCAUCUCCAUCCUCAUCGCACUGGCUGCCAAGUGCAAGCUUUUCCACAAAAACUUUGCCAGCUACCGCCACCGGCCGCUGCCUGAAACCAGCUCGAUUGGGGGCAGUCCCAUGGAGGACGGCAGUGGCUGGGACAUGGGCUCCUCCGGCCGAGAGGCCUGUGAGAGCCACCCCAUGCCCGGUGCUGCCGACCUGCAAGCUGAGGAUGACGACGGUUUCAUUGAGGACAACUACAUCCAGCCAAGUGAGCGGCUGCCAGAGGAAGAGGAGCGGGACUUGCACCUCUCCAUCUGA